AUGCCCGCACAAGCUGUCGUCCUCGGCGGCGGCGUAGCCGGCGCCACCUGCGCGCUGGAGCUGUCCGCCCUGACUCCGCCCGACACCCCUCUGACCGUCACGCUCAUCGACCCGCAGCCCAUCAUCAAAGCCUGCACGCUAGUCGCCAAGCUCACGCGCUCGGCCCUCGACCUCGCGAUCUCCGACGUCGAUGCCGCCGAGUGGAGCCGCGCGCGCGGCAUCGUCUUCGUACAGGACCGCGCCGUCGCCGUGCGAGACGGGCAAGUCCGCUGCCAGUCGGGCGCCGUCUUUCGCUUCUCCGCUUGCUGCAUCGCCACGGGCGCCGCCCCGUUCUCGCCCCACGCACUCAGGGCGGCGGGUGACAGCGUUCUCACACUGCGCGACACUUGCUCCGUUGACUCCCUCAAGCGAAAGCUGGCCGGCGCGAGGAGGGCCGUCGUUGUGGGCGCUGGCGGAAUUGCUAUGGAGCUUGUCCAUGAGAUCGCUCGUUGUCACAUCGUUUGGGUCAUGAAGGGCACGCAUGUUGGAAGUCCGUUCUUUGAUAAGCGCGCCGCUGAGCAGCUUUCCAACGUGUUUGGCCUCGGCCAGUUGUCCUGCGAGUCGCUUGGUGAUAGUCUACCGGAGAAUCGUGAUGUCACUGGAAGCGGAUCUUCUGCGUCGCCCCUUAGUGCACAGUCUACUAUCGCAUCCUCUGCCUCCUCAAAUGAGACUGAAAAGGGGAGAAACAUCGACGCGUUUGGAGCAGGCGUGGGUCCAGAAUGGGUCAGUCGCAGAUUUCAACCCGUCCUAUUCGACAAGAAAGGCAAAAUUGAAAUCCAACAGCCUUCCAAAUACACCGAGCUUGAAGGUCGUAGCACGAAUUCGCAAAAGAUUGUGCGUAUAGCAAAAGAGUGUGAGAUUCUUCGCGUUACAAAAGAUGACGCCGGGGUAUGGCCGAUCGUGGCACAUUUAUCGGAUGGUUCGAUGGUAGGCGCCGACGUUAUCCUCGUCGGCACUGGUGUGCUACCCAACGUGAAUUGGCUACGGGGGAGCGGGAUCGAAAUCGAUCAAGGGUUUGCGUCCAAACGGGAAGCGUCUCUCAGUGGCUGUCCAGGAGGAAUUCUUGUUUCUGCGGAGAACAUGUCAACGAAUGUUCGAGGUCUUUUCGCCGCUGGAGAUUGCACAACCGUGAGACUAGAUACCGUCGGAGCCGACUGGAUACAAAUGCGGUUGUGGUCUCAAGCGCAGACUGCCGGUCGAGCAUGCGCUCAGAGCAUGGCCAGGUAUUUGCAGGGAGAACCUGCGGCCUGUUUGGGCCUUGACUUUGAUGUAUUCGCUCACGCUACGCAGUUCUUCAACAAAAAGGUGGUUUUGUUGGGUCGGUAUAAUGCACAAGGUGUGAAGGAUGAUUACAGAAUGGUGGAGAGUGGGGGCGAGAGGGGGGAUGAUCACUACAUCAGGGUCGUGCUAGUCAAUGGUCGUGUCCGAGGUGCCAUUCUUGUUGGAGAAGUGGACAAGGCUGAGACGUUCGAGAAUCUUAUUCUCGAUGGUCUUGACGUAAGCCAACUCGAAGCAGAGCUUGUUGACCCAAGCAUAGAUUUGGAAGACUACUUUGACUGA